GCACCCACCUGUGCCACUCUGCAGUGUCACACACCUGUGCCCAGGAGUGCCACCUACCUGUGCCCAGCAGUGCCACCCACCUGUGCCCACCCACCUGUGCCCACCAGUGCCACCCACCUGUGCCCUCCCACCAGUGCUGCCCACCAGUGCCACCCACCAGUGCAGCCCAGCAGUGCUGCCAGUCAGUGCACCAGUCAAGUGCCCAGGGGUUGUGCCAGUCAGUGCCGCAGUCAGUGCCCAGAAGUGAUGCCAGUCAGUGCCGUCUAUCAGUACCCAUAUCAGUGUCACCUAUCAGUGCUAAUCAGCUGCAUAUCAGUACGCCUAUCCUUGACCCUAAUUAUGCUGUUAUCAGUG